AUGCAUGGACAUAGUCCAGGAGUUUCUGUUGUAGUAAAUACAGAAGUUGAUUCAAUGGGAGGAGUGGUUGAUGUUGGGCUUGGUGUGGAUACCAACGGCUCUCCUCGUCGUGCCGCAAUUGAGAAAGCACAAACAGAACUAAGGUACAUUAGAAUAACCUUUGGCCGUUUGUUUAUGCUGUUUGCUCUACUUGGAACUUAAGCUCUGUCGAUGACAGGCAAGAAUACUAUGUUCGUGAAGAACGGAAGAGGGAGUUGGAAUUUCUCGAGAAGGUAUUCCUAUGACACUUUUGAGAACAAUUUCAUUUGUUUCAGGCUUUUCGACUUCUUUUCUGGGGCCUAGAAUUCCUUUUCUGAAGUUCAUGCAUAUGUGGGAAAAAAAAUCUUGAUGAGCAAACUUAUACAAUAUCACCCAAAGGACCAAACAAGUCAUGGCGUCUGGUUUUGUAAAAACUUGGAUUGGUCAUUAAGCCGUGUUGGACGCAUAUAAAUAUCAUAUUAGGAUAUUUGUUUAACUUUUUGAGUAGGGUGUCUUUCAUGAAUGCAAAUUUGGGUACUUUUUCGCUGGGAGGAUACAUCUGGAAGGUACUUUUUCAAACUCUUCGGGUUGUUGACGUAUGCAUUGAUUUGCUUCUCCUCCUGUAGGGUGGCAAUCCAUUGGAUUUCAAAUUUGGGUCUACAGCCUCCUUAAGCCUGCAGUCUACCUCUGUCACUGAUCAGCAACUUGAUUAGUAAGUGAAUUUAAGCUUUUUAUUAGUUGCAUAUAUUAUGUGAGAGUACUGAAAUUAGUGCUUCUUGUUUGACAGUGAUGCAAAAGGUAGUUCUGCAGUGGCAACCUCACCUCAUGGAGAUUCGGUUGAUAGCUGCAUCAGACCAGGAGUUACUCUGGGAAGAGAUUCAAAUACAGCAGAUAACCUUUUACUUAUUGACGGUCAAAACAGUAAUCAUGAUGGGACAAAAAAUGAAAUGCGCUCUGGAAAGAGGAAAGCCAUUUCAUCCUCAGAACACUCUUCCAAGAAGGAUGCUAGCAACAUAAAGGAAUCAGAAGAGUCUGGCUCCUUCCGCCUUGGGGCGAAAAGUCAGGCAUAUGCUCGAAGGAAUAGGUCCAGGCCAAGUCGUGAAAGUGUCUAUGUAACUUCAGCUCGUUCCGCUCCAUCCAUUCAUAAUAGUAAAUCAUUAGUAUUUCCUUCAUCAUGCACUGAUAAUAGGGAUAAAAAAGAUGCAUUAUUGGAAACACAGGUGGAAGACAAUGCUGUUUCUUCAGUUUCUAACUCAAAACCAGGUAGUCUAUGUGGAAACAAUGUUUCCAGGGUUUUAGGUACUGAUGAUCAAGUGGAAAUGGAUGUGGACGCAGUAGAGGUUAAUGUAACCGGUGGACAUACACCAGAAGUUGAUGUGGGGAAAGGAGAAGCAGAGGGUGCGAUUGGCAAUCACCUGCAGCAGAAUGAUUAUAGUGAUCGAAGCCCUAAGGCAGCUGAGCAACAUUGCCCUAAUGGAAACUCACCUCUGCCAUCAGAUUCGAGUAUGCGAGAAUCAGUAUCAGCUGGUGCUGCUGUGGAACUCUGCAUGAUUGAUGAAAAUGUAAAUAAUAUUGAUAAGUCCGGGUCUGUUUCCUCGAAUGUGGUUGACCUGCAAAAUGAUAACCAAAUCAGUAAACGUUCUGAUGGCCAGACUGUUGAGGAAGCAUCAGUUUCCAUUGAUAUAGAAAGAGAGGUGUCUAACCCAGAUGUAGACCAUGUCUUUUCUGUAGCAACGGAAUGUUCUGCGAUCCCUGUAGAUGUAUCAGUGAGUGAGAAAAGUGAUAAGGAAAAUGCUGAGGUGCACCCUUUUGGUGGUCAUGAACCUAGGACUGUUGAUUCUGAGCUGGUCAAUUCUGUCAUCCAGGUGAAAAUCGAGGAAAUUUGUGAUGGUAAGGGUGUUCUGAGUAAUGAACAGCAUGAACUUACUCAUAACAUGGAAGGGAAACUUGAGAAUCUAUCACGUGAUGCUUCCAAUUGUGACCCAAGCGAUGUGUUAGGCAUUUCUGAACCUUCUAGGCUCACCUCCUCCAAGAGUUCUUCGGCUGCCACAGAUGUUCUGAUCAUCCCGGAGAAAAACUCGAAGUUUUCCCAGAAGACUCGUGAAGAUGCCAUUCUGAAAGAGGCUCGAAUAAUUGAGGUUCAUCUCUAUGUAGCUAUCUUCUUCUUGCCUUGGAAUUUUUCCCUUUUCUUGGUUUAGAAUCACUAACCAAGUUUUUCAUGAACAGGCAAAAUUGCGGAGGGUUAAUGAGCUAUCUGUGUGUAGUUUUCCUUUGGAGAAGCAUCAGAAAUCACACUGGGAUUAUCUUUUGGAAGAGAUGGCAUGGCUUGCAAAUGACUUUAUCCAGGUGCUGUUUUCCUACUGACCAGUUUCUGGGAAGAUAUUUCAAACAUCUCCUUUGCCUAACUUUAAUCUCCCUCCCCAUGUUGCGAAUAGGAACGCCGUUGGAAAGUUACUGCUGCAUCUCAAAUAUCUCAUCGCAUUGCAUCUCGUGGCUGGGCGAAGUUUGAAAAGCAGAGAAAGACUGCUUGUUCACUGGCUAAGGCUGUCAUAUCCUUUUGGGAAUUGGCAGAGGCCCUCCACACUGGUGGGAAGUCGAUCGUUGGCAUGGAUGAAGAGUUGAAAUCAACUUUAUGUGUGCCUUUGAAGAGUAAUAAACGGGAGGCUGAAAAUAAACAGGUUUAAAUCUUAGCUUUGGUCUUUAAUUUCAUUCAUCCGGUUUCAGUUGACAGUCUUCUGACACUUUAUAGUCCUUUGGUGGGAAGUGUAGCAUUUUCUAUAUUUCUUAUGUUCGUCUGAAUUAGUAGGGAAGGAACAGUUUUCUGAUACAGUGUGUGGCACUUUUGUAAGUCUAAGUUUUAUACCUUCAUCACAGGAAAUGAAAUUAGAAACCUGUGGACUUGGAGUAUAUAUUCCCAAUUUUAUGCUUUAGCACGUGAAAUAGUGAACAUGUGGGUGCAGUUUUGGGACCGUGUUAUUAUUCCGUCGUAAUUAUCUGCAGAGUUUUUCUAUCAUUAUUGCGAACUGUGGUCUUUUGUCACUUCGCAUUUUCACAUGGCAUUUGAGAAGCUAGUGGCCUUCUCACUUUUGUUUGGCUUGGUCAACCACUGUCGAAGUUUGAUGAUGUGAUGCUCAAUAUUUUGUAGGAUGGUGAAACUUUGGAGGAAUGUCCUACACAAGCUGCUGAGGUUCCAAUUCUUGGUUAUGCCAUUAGAUUUUUGGGAUCUAAUUGUGUCAGUGAGCGUCCUGUUCUUGCUGAAGCACCUGUAACACCUGAAAGGAUCUGUGAUUCUGGUGUCUUGGGAAUGCCAUGGGAGGAUCAAUCUUCAGAAGUAUGGAUCCAUUCUUUUUAAUUGCUUAAUGUGUUUGACAUCGAUAUUAUUUGUGCUGUCGCUCCUUUUCUUUAUGAAUGGCAUAUUUCCUUUGUUUUCGAAGGAUGCCAGGCAUGAGAGGACUUAACUCCUUGCGUUCAUUAUAGCCUGUUUGAUAUGCUGGGGUGGCUCAUACUGAUUACACCUAGUUAUGGAACUUAAAUUUUCUCUUUCCUUUGACAGGAGAGUCUCUUCUAUGUGAUACCAGCUGGUGCUAUGCAUGUCUACAGAGAAUCUAUUGAAUCACGAUGGUUGCCACAUGAGGUAGAACAACCCUCUCUUCUAUUUGGUCUAGGGAGUCAAGAUUGGGGAGCACAAACCAAUUAUUAAUGUUGACUCGCAAGAUUCCUUAAUAAUAGUUACAUAAUUAGCUUACAGAAGUAAAUGCAAAUAAUUUGCGUCUGUGGAAUACUAAAAGAGAAAAUAAUUGCAGCUCUCAUUUGCUCGUUCAUGUGUGGCAUUGGUAAAAUUUAUGAUGCUUUCUCACCAGUUCUUUAUUUUAUGGAGUUCAUUUUUUUUGUAUCAUUAAAUUGGUAAAGUUUAUGCGUCACAAUAGGGGAGAUGUUUUUUAUGUAUCGUAUUGUACAUCAAGACAUGCCACAUGCUUAUUUUCUAAUUUUUGUCAGUAGAUGUGUUUGUUUUCCACUAUUUAUUUAUGUGACAUUUACAGAACACUGGCCAUGCAAUGCAUCGCGAGGAUUAUGAGGCAUCCACAUGUGAUUCCCUUGCAGGUGUUGUCUCAUAGUAGCUAUUCAUCUUUGUGCUCACUACAUAGACACUUUUUUUUUUUUGACAUUCAUUUUAAAUCAACUCGUUUGUUGUGCAACAAUAUAUCAGAAUAUGGUUCGCAUGAAAACGUAUUUGAUGAGGAUGAAGCUGAGACCGCCACGCAUUAUUUCUCUGGAGCGUUUGAAAGAAGCAAGUCAUCGAAAUUUGCUCACAGGAAAAAGAAAACUUUUCAAGAUAAGAAUCAUAGUGCAAGAUCUUUUGAGGUUCGGUCUGAUUUAUCUUAUGGGCCCUACCUAGAGAGCAAAUUUGGAACUCAACCAUCACUAAUGAUGGGAAAAAGGGGCUCCAGUACAUUCAAUGUGUCUUCCAUUCCAACAAAGCGCAUGAGAACAGCUUCACGUCAAAGGGUUGUUAGUCCAUUUGGUGUAGGAAAUGCAGGAGGUCUGCCAGUGAACAGUAAAACUGAUGUUUCAAGUGGAGAUACCAGCUCUUUUCAAGAUGAUCAGAUGUCAUUGCAUUGUGAAUCCCUGACCAGGAAAAAUGCAGAAAUUGAGUCUACAGCUGAUUUCGAGAAUAAGCUAAUAUUUGAUGGGAAUGAUGUAGCUAUCAGAUCUAAGAAAAAGAAGAAACAAAAACAUACGGGCUACAGGAAUUUGAAUUCAUCUGAUGGCCUCAUAAUUUCAAAGGUAAGCCUUCUCACAAGUGUGAAAGCAUUAUAAGUGUUUUCAGAUUGUCAGUCUAGUUUCUGAGGAUUAAUGUUUUGCAGGCUUCUUCCUAUGAGCACAGGUGGCAGAAUGAUCCAAUGGCCCAAAAUGACCAGGUACCUCUUUUGUUCGUUUUGAUUAAUCUUUUAUUUUUUGAUUUUCUUUCUUUGAGCAUCAAUGAGGGAUGUUCGUUGGUGCUAUUAGAUGUGAAAAAUUGGGAUAAUCAAAUCUAUGCCUUUUAGUUCACUUCUCUCAGAAUUCUAAUGUAACUUAAUUUCAUGGCACAUCAUGAUUGAUUUUUUUCAAUGUGAUGCUGUAGCACCAUCCUUCUUCUGUUGAAGUUGAAUAUAUGUUGAGUGGUUAGGGUUGGGGGUCCGUUAGAGAGAUCCUUAAAAUAUUUGAACGAUUGACAUCUUUUGCCAUGUUCUUACUGUGACAACCUUAACAUCAUAUUAUAAGCAGAGGAACCUUCACGAAUUGUUUUUUAAUUUCUUAUGUUGAGACAGUGAGGAAUAUCAUGAUUUUUCUAAUGUUGAAUUUUUUAGUAAUGUUUACUGAAAUUCAAUAAAACCAUUAUUUCUUUACACUGCAGUUCAUUUGUCUGUAAGCUAUAAUGCUUGGAUGGUUUCUUUGUUCUUUAACUGACUUUAAACCUCGAAAGUUGAUGAUCUGUGUGUAAAGCAAAUAUUGCAGUUGUUCAUUUGGUCUUUUGUUUACAGAAGGAUCAUCUAAAGAAGAGAUUGGAUAGUCAUCACUUCGAUUCUAGUGGAAGCCCUGGUAUAUCUCGUUUUUUUUGUUAGAAAAUCUGUUCAAAAUAGUUCAAUAACAGUUGGCUAUUAACUUUGCCGUCAGAUUGAUUGACAGUUUUAAAGUUUUCUCAGCAGCUCUUCAUGGGCAGUAUGCUGCAAAGAAGCCAAAGCUUCUAAAGCAGUUGCCAGAUGCUUCCCCUGAAACAAUUACCCCAGUUUCUGGUUCUCUUCCUUCUCCAGCCGCUUCUCAAAUGAGUAGUAUGUCAAACACCAACAAACUAAUUAAAAUGAUUGCCAGUCGGGACCGCAGCAGGAAAAGUAAAGGACUUAAGGUAUUUCAUUGAUUUUCCUUCUAUGUUACAUGAAUAUAUUUCACCAUCUCUAAGUGAUUAAUCUGCUUAGUUAUUGAUUUACAUUCCUUUUUCAUAUUCCUACUGCGCUUUCUGUAUGUUGAUAUUCAAGUUUUCCUCCAUCGCGAGGCAAAUACUUUGUGGGAUGGAGAGUGCAGAUGAGUGUAUGGGUUUCCAAUGUUGGAGUAGUACGGUUACAAUAUUGGUCGUUCUGAUAAUGCGACGAAAACGAAGCAGAGAAUGUUUGAGAAUAAACUUUAGAAGGCAUCUAUAAAAUAUGGUUAUAGACCUCUUUUGCAAAGGCGCAGAAAAAUCCUAUGAAUGUUAAUAGAUUGUAGAAAGCCCAUGCCUAGAACCAUUGUGCUGGUCCUUGUGGUUUAUUUUAAGAGAAAACUGUGAUAGUUGGCGUAUCACAAAGAAUAUAACUACAUCUUUCAAUUCCGUUAAAAGUUUUUUAGAUAUGUUUGCCAAACAGUCUCAAUUUAGUUGUAACCUUUCAUGGCAGAUAUGAGAAUCUAUGAAUUGUUAUCAAAUACUGCCUUAAGUUUGUUUUGGACCGACUUGCAUGGGAUAUGAAGUGAUUGGCUUUGUUAUUCUCUUCUCUACCCCAUAACUUCACAAUGGAACUAUCAUAUAUUUCAAUCAAAGGAAAAGAUGAGAAAGAAAUGAAGGCUCUAUGUUGUAACUCUUGGUUGAGGAGGUUAUCUGUUGAAAUCUGCCUUUGGUGGUUCGUUUUAUGUGUGGUCUCCAAACUUUCUGUUACUAUAGAAUUAGGUUUUGGACACUCCAGUUGGCAUCGUUCUUCAUUCUGUCUUCCGUAACUUUUUUGGACAUUGUUUUAUUAUGGCUACGUUUUCUUGGACAUUGUUGAAUGCUUAAGGCUCCACGUGUUCCAUCAUUUAAUUUUCAUGCUUUAUUCGAAUACUUAAAUCUUUAUUGUUGUCACUUAGUAACAUGCUUCUUGACAGAUGAUUGGUGGACAGUUGGGUUCUGGAAGUUCAUGGUCUCAAUUCGAAGACCAGGUUAGUUUUAUUUCCUUUUUUUUAAUAAUCUAGGAUCCUUUGAUAACAGCUAAUAUUUCCCUGGUUUUAAAAACUGCUAACUGUGUAUAACAUUCGUUUUUUAGGCGCUUGUUGUCCUUGUUCACGAUAUGGGUACAAACUGGGAGCUGGUUAGUGAUACCAUCAACAGUACACUCCAGUUCAAAGUGAGAAAACAUUAAUGUUGGUUGGUCUUGUUCCGCUUCCCACCCGCCCACUUCUUCUACACGCUGCAAGUUAUUAAUGUCUUUUCUCUUUUAGUGCAUAUUUCGUAAACCAAAUGAAUGUAAGGAACGUCACAAAAUUCUCAUGGAAAGAAGUGCUGGUGACGGGGCUGAUAGUGCUGAAGACUCGGGCUCUUCUCAGUCAUAUCCAUCCACCUUACCUGGCAUUCCAAAGGCAUGGUGCCAUCUCAUCUAUUUUGAUUUGAGUUACUUUCCUCAUUUAGUUUUGGUCGACUGGAUGUGUAUUCCUUGCAGAAGGCAUCAAAAUAGCUCUUAGCUUUCACUAAUGCAAUGCCCUGGACGCGUUUCAAUGGCAGGGUAGUGCUAGACAGUUGUUUCAACGACUGCAGGGACCAAUGGAAGAGGACACUCUUAAGGCCCAUUUUGAGAAGAUUAUUCUGAUUGGCAGGCAGCUCCAUUUUGGUAGGAAUCAGGUAUGUUCAUGCUUGCUAUGUUGCCUCUAAGUCUGUUCUAUUCUUGCUCGCCUAUGCCGGUUUUGUGUUUAUUUUGCAUUUCAUUAGUCAUUCCCUUUGCUCUGAUUGCUUAUCGUCAAACCCCAAAGACUUAUAUUGAUUCAUUUUUCUCCCUUUUUUGUCGGUGAAGAGUGAGAGUAAGGAAACGAAACUAGUGACUCAAAUCCAUAGCUCUCAUAUUCACGCUCUCACACAAGCUUGUGCAAGUAGCUUAACGGGCAGCCCUCUAACGUAAGCCUCAUUUUGAUUUCUCUUUAAUAUCUGAUCCAGUCAGGAUGUCUAACGCUAGCUAGUUAUUUUUUCACAAAGGCCUCUUGACCUUGCUGAGGUUACCCAAAGCUCUGAAGCUCUUGGCCACGGAUACCAGGGUUCCCAUUCUACCAGUUCGCCAAUGUCGACUCAUCCAGGUUCUCUUGCCCCUAUAAUGACCACAUCUGGUGCAAACUCAAUGUUGCCAGCUUCUGCUGGUCUGGGUAUGAGUAGUGGCUUACCUUCUCCUUCAGCACCGCCGAUUGGUACCCCCAGGUAACAGUUUCACUGUUAGGUACUUAUCGAUCUAGUCCAUUCAACCUUCUUAUUUCCCAAUUCUGGAACUAAUAUUCCAGGGAUUCGUCAAGAUAUGGUGCCCCAAGGCCUUCAUUGCCAGUCGACGACCAACAAAGGAUGCAGCAGCAGUAUAGCCAGAUGCUCUCUGGCCGCAAUAUUCAGCAGCCGAGCAUGUCUGGUCCCAGUGCUUUAACGAUGGGGGGUGACCGUGGUGUUCGCAUGCUCUCUGGUGGGAACGCCAUGGGAAUGGUGUGCGGGGUGAACAAUGGGAUGCCGAUUUCUAGGCCAGGAUUUCAGGGGAUUGGAUCGCCAGGCAUGCUAAAUGUGGUAACUUCUGGAACUAUGCUACCAGUUAGCGGGGUCGGAAUGUCGAGCCCCGUCAAUAUGCACUCAAAUGCUGUGGCCGGGCAAGGAAACUCAUUGCUGAGGCCGCGGGAUCACUUACAAGUGCAGCGUGUAAGCUUUCUGAUCUUCUCCUUUAUCAGGCUUUACAUUUUCUGCUGUGGUGGACUUGCUGCCAGUCCUAUUGUUACAUCCAAAUUUGGUAUUCAUGAAAUAGAUAAUUUAAUUAAAAUUUGGCACAAUUUUGAAAAAUCAAAGCUAUGGCUCAAUUCACAUGACCCAAUACAAGAUCUGCAUCCGUCCAAGUCAGCUUAGGUGGACUUCUCGCUGUUCCAAUUGUCUUGUCCUCUUUUUUUUUUUUCAGAACUGCCUGCUGGCUGGAAUAAGAUAUUAGAAAAGGGUAGUCAGUCAGGGUUGGCUGUUCGUUAGUGUUACUAAUGAGUAUCCUUGAUUAGAAGAAAAUAAUGGAUUCUCUUUGAAAGUUGUGAAAUAUGCUAGUAAGCAUUUUGAGCGAGAAGGAUACACUCAUAAGUAUAUUUUGAAAUUAUACCUUCGCCAAAAGCUCAUUUUAGCAGUUUUGGGAUUAUUUUGUUGUCUAUUUGUCAAAUCACACACCAGAAUGAGAAGGUGAGACCAUUUUAUGAAAUGCAGGAAUUUUAGUUUUAUUUUUAUCAAUGAACAUCCAAUGUUCCAUUCAUUAGGUACUCGGAGUAGCCUAGUUUUAUCAUGAAAUAAAGUCAGCCACCUGUUUGUGGUCUCUGUGGCUGAGACUCUAUCAGUUCAUGAACCCUAGCUUGAAUCUUUGGCCGGCACACCAACGAUAGGGGAUUCCAGAAAACAGGCAUAGAUUUAAUACUGUUACAAUAUCCGGGUGGUAAUCGGAAGUUAAGCCUUUCUGCUCCAUGAUAGUAUGCUGUAUCUUUCCAAAAUGAAGGCUAACUCUAAACUCUGGACAUUUAAGUCACCCUGUUUCGAUUAUACCGAUUUGACUGCUCCCAGCCAAAUAAUCGUAUUUUGCCUUGCCUUGUCACCAUAUAUUUCAAAGUACAUUCUCACUGACUUCUGGGUUCUCCCUGUUAAGCAUUUUCCCCCUAUAAAGAACUGCAAUCAUUGACUCUUUCUCACUCUAACCUUCUGUGGUUAUGUCUUCCAUAUGCCAUGCGCCAACUCUUACUUUAUUGAGAAAAUCGCAGCCACCUCAGAACCCAGAAGACCACAAGCAGAUGAUGAUGCAGGACAUCCAGCUCCAGUCUCCCCCAGGGGGAGCCUGUCAGCCGGUAGGGCCCAUGAACAGCAUGAGCGGCUCCUUCCCCAGCCCGGGCGCCGCCACGGCUCCUUCCAUCCAGACCUUCUCCCCGCAGCAGCCCCACCAGAUGCCCCAGCAGCCGCACCUCUUUGGGAACACCCACCACCCCCAGAUCAAUAGCCCCGGCCCGAUGACCUCUCCACAUCCGGCCUACGCCAUGAGGUUCGCCAAAGAGAGGCAGCAGCUUCAGCAGCGGCUUCUGCACCAGCAGCACUUCUCUGGGUCCAAUGCCGGCGCCCCUCCACAGGGCGGUGGCCCGCAAAUGCAGCAGCAGCAGCCGCCGCCUCAGCCCUCGCCGGGGUCUCCGGCCACAGCCCAGCAUAAGCCGCAGAGCAACCCCAGGAACCCCACCACACAUGGCGGCGGGAUGCCCGGGCAGAUGCUGAACCAGCGGCAGCGGCAGCACCUUCAGCAGCAGCAGCAGCAGCAGCAGCAGACGCUGCCGCCAAGGCACCAGCAGCAGCGGCAGCAGAAUGAGAGGGUUCUGCUGCAGCAAGGCCAGGGUCUGUUCUCCGGCGGCUCUGGCUCAGGGGCGGCGGCGGCUCUGGCUCAGUCCCCUGUCCAGCAGAAGAUGUACCCGCGGCCACCUUCACGGCCGUUGGGCUCAAUGCCACCGGCGCCUCCUCACCAGGAAGCUUCGCCCCUCCAUAAUCAGCAGCAGCAGCAUCAGCAGCAGAGACAAGGUAAUCAUCCACAGCAGGCCAUGCAGAGGAUGAUGCUCCAACAGAACCACCACGUGAACUCCGAAGGGCCGGUGCCAUCGGGAGCUGACCAAGUGCAAGUCAACCCGACAGUUGGGACGAGCCCAGUUCUUCAGGGUUCGGAUCCAGGUGCCGCCAGCUCAGCCCCAGCUCCUGCUUCAGGACCAGUGUCUCACUGGAAAUCAGAGCCCUCAUAUGAGACGACUACACCAGCUCCUCCCGGCGUCCACUUGAGCUCCCCCCAGAAACAGACCUUGGUUGGAGGUGAAGCAGCUGUUCUUCCUUCCGGUCAAGGGCUGACCAAGAGGUCCUUUCCUGGUGGCCUUCCAAUGAACGUGCACGGCGUUGGGGGACAAUGGCAGCAGCAGAAGCACGCCCAACAGCAGCCAUCUCAGGAUCAGCCGCAGCAGCAGCAGCAGCAGCAGCAGCAGCCGCCCCCACCGCCAGUGCCGCCUCAACAUCAGCAGCAACACCGGCAGCCGGUACAGAGCGGCUUGUAUGGGACGCCCUCAAAUCCAGGGCCGAUCUAA